CUAUCCACGGUGACGCUGACGCAUACGCGACACACGGUUCGCGCCAGUGGUCCCCGAGCUAUAACACUGGUCCCCUCAGAAUCGAUCGCGCGCAAUCGAAAUCGCGAGUCACCGCGAAAAAAUGUGAAAAUAUGAGUGUCGUUUAAUAACAAAAUUUUUAAAUAAGAAAAUUUUUUGAAAAAAAAAAAAUUGGAAAAAAAUUCUUAGAGAGACAAUAUGAUUCUGAGUCGAUCCCGAAGAAUUAAGCAGUCGAAAUUGCUCACAGUUAUAAAGAAAUUGUAAUCGUUCGGCAGAUGUCAAGCAAUUUAAGAUGAUAAGACUUUAAAUAAAAGUUGAAAAUAAUAUUUAAUUAAAAUAAGUGAAUUUUUGUGAAUAAUAACAAAUGUGAAUAAAUUAUUUCGUGAUCGAAAAACGGCGAAAAAAAGCGAAAAACGGCUUUUUCAAAAGUAUCAAGUUAUCUUUUUAAGAAGAAAAUACUCAGAUACGAUAAGUGAAUUCUAUAGAAUUCCGUCAUAUUUGAUGAAGUUAAAUUAUUAAAUUAUUAUGAUAAAAUUGGAAAAAGAGAUAUAACUAAAAAGAAGAAGAAAAGAAAAGCACUUAAUGACAGAUCAAAGAGAAAUUAUUAAAUAAAUGUUCUAGUCAUUAGAAUAUCAACAAAGACUUUAUACGUGAUGCAUGUCUAAUAAUAUUAGACGAUCGAUAAGAAUUAUCGAACCUUCUUUUUCCAAAGAAGCAACGCUUAAUUAUUCAUUGUCAGUCUGACAUUGUAAAGCGACUUUGAUCAUUUCUGGUGAGGAAGACAUACGCGAGGACGCAUUUAAGCGGAAGGACAUUGAGAAUUCUCACAUCGCUCGAUCGCAUUCUUUCUCAACAAAGGUCUUUCCGCCUCUCCGUUAUCUAUUACGUUACGACGGAUUUAUGACUGGUAACAAGAAUUGACGAGCGGCUUUCGAGGUCGAUCGAGGCCAAAUGGAAUCAUUGAAUAAAAAUCUCGAUACCUUUGGCAUGGCUGGUAUAAUAGAUAGUACGGCUAUGUGGUCGCCUCAUGUCAUGGACAACGUCACGCAAAACACCAUCGUCGAUGCGGAAUUGUCAAGAUUUCCGAAACCCUUGAGAACUUUUGCGGCAGUAGUGGCGAUCAUUAUCAUGAUUAUUGGUCUAGCUGGUAAUCUACUAACGAUUGUUGCUUUAUGUAAAUAUCCCAAAGUUCGCAACGUAGCAGCGGCUUUUAUUAUAAGUUUGUGCAUCGCGGACUUCGUGUUCUGUCUAUUGGUGCUGCCAUUCGAUUCCAUCAGAUUCAUCGAUGCCGGCUGGGCGGAUAUACGAUUCUUCUGCGUCUUCGUGCCUUUCUUCAGGUACGGAAACGUCGGAGUCAGUCUUCUGUCUGUAGCAGCUAUUACUAUCAACAGGUAUAUUAUGAUAGCGCAUCACGCCGUAUAUAGCAAAGUUUACAAGAAAUACUGGAUCGCCGCGAUGAUAGUUUUCUGCUGGCUGUUUUCUUAUGGAAUGCAGAUCCCUACGCUGUUAGGAGUGUGGGGUAAAUUCGACUAUGAUCGCAAUCUAGAAACUUGCUCCAUCGUCAAGGACCAUCAUGGUAAUACUUCCAAGACAUUUCUCUUCGUCAUGGGAUUUCUAAUACCAUGUGUGGUGAUUGUCGGCUGUUACACCAAAAUAUUCUGGGUGGUGCACAAAUCAGAAUCAAGAAUGCGAAAGCACGCCGCGCCAACGAUAAAAUCGCCUCAUACACCUGGAAGGGACAUCAAGGAGAUCAAACAGAAGCGCAGCGAGUGGAGAAUCACGAAGAUGGUGCUGGCGAUCUUCAUCAGUUUCCUUGCUUGCUACCUGCCGAUCACCAUCGUCAAGGUGGCUGACGCAGAAGUCAGAUGUCCAGAGUGCCACGUUCUGGGAUAUCUGCUGCUGUAUUUCGCAUCAUGUGUGAAUCCAAUCAUCUAUGUCAUCAUGAACAAGCAGUACAGACAGGCGUACGCCGGUGCGAUCGGUUGCUCCUGGAUAAGGAUAAGCUUGACUCCGUAUGGCAGCAGCGCACCGGGUGGUGGUCUUCAGGCUCAUCAGCAGGACUACGUCCAAGGUAACUUCGAGCAACGUCACGCGGUAACACUCACCAAGCUCUGACCGAGCGCGCGACCACUCGCUCACUUCAUUAUUCAAAGGACUUCAGUAAAACAAUGGUUUCGACAGUCUCUAUCGCUAUGAAUCCUGUGAGAAGUUCACAAUUUCAGGAGGAACUGUGAUAUAUCAAGACGAAAAUUAAAAAAAAAACAUCGAAAAGAGAUUAAAC